AUCCGCGACGUUGGCGAGAUCACUGAGCUCUCCGGAUGCGACUACCUCUCCAUCUCCCCCAACCUCCUCGAGGAGCUCUUCAACAGCGAGGGCUCCGUGCCCAAGAAGUUGUCGUCCGAGGAUGCCACAAACCUUGACCUCGAGAAGCUCAGCUACGUCGAAAACGAGGCCGAGUUCCACUUCGCCCUCAAAGAA